GGCGGGGAGUGGCGGUGGAGUUUCCCCCUCCCUAUCUCCCGGUAAACCAGAGCCUUGGCUGAGCGAAGAUGGCGAAGACCUACGACUAUCUUUUCAAGCUGCUGUUGAUCGGCGACUCGGGCGUGGGCAAGACCUGCCUGUUGUUCCGCUUCAGCGAGGACGCCUUCAACACCACCUUCAUCUCCACCAUCGGAAUUGAUUUUAAAAUCAGAACAAUAGAACUAGAUGGAAAGAAAAUUAAGCUACAAAUUUGGGAUACAGCAGGUCAGGAGAGAUUCCGCACAAUCACAACAGCAUACUACAGAGGAGCCAUGGGAAUUAUGCUGGUAUAUGACAUCACAAAUGAGAAGUCUUUUGACAACAUUAAAAACUGGAUAAGGAACAUAGAAGAGCAUGCCUCUUCAGAUGUGGAAAGAAUGAUUUUGGGUAAUAAAUGUGAUAUGAAUGAAAAGAGACAGGUCUCAAAAGAAAAAGGAGAGAAGUUAGCAAUAGAUUAUGGAAUCAAGUUUCUGGAGACAAGUGCAAAAUCCAGCAUAAAUGUGGAAGAGGCAUUCUUCACACUUGCACGGGAUAUAAUGACAAAACUCAACAGAAAAAUGAAUGACAACAGUUCACCAGGGGCUGGUGGGCCGGUGAAAAUAACUGAAAAUCGAUCGAAGAAGAGCAGCUUCUUUCGAUGCACGCUACUUUGAUGAACUCCUAAUGAUAGACUGCAACACACUUAGAAGAACCUUUUCUGCUUCUUUGAAAGCACAGGGUCACAAAGCCUCAGAAAUAAUACCACCAAGCUGCUGCUGAGAGCUUCAAUGAACGUUGACUGCGUUAAACAAAAUACCAAGUGGAUUUUGCUCACUAAGUCCAUCAACCUGUCAGGCUCCUUUUUCUCAAAUGUGGAAGCAAUGAAGUGGAGACACACAAAUGCAGGACUUAAUUUUCUUCAUUACUUUCUGUUUUAAUGUCUGUUGCAAAAGCUGCUACAUUUCUUUUAACUUUGCACAUACAUAUUAGCCUUUUAUUGCCUGUUACUGCACAAUCUAUCACUUGUGUUUGCACAGUUUAUUGUCCUGUAAGUAAGUUCUUUAACAGAUUUGUGCAUUCUUUUUACCAUUUUAUUUUAAGAAGCCAGAAGGAAUAGAUUAAAUCACAUCUCCAGUAGUCUUUACUCUACACAUGUGAUCAUGUCUGCCAUAUGGAUAUGUUUAACAUAAUGGGGCUUAUUAAAACAAAUUGGCAUUUAAGAACUUGUAUAGGUUUUUGUUCAGUUUUUCUCACAAAUGCACAAAUCCGUUCAUACAGAAACUACUGCGUCUUCUAUUCUGAAUGUAGGAUGUUUCUUUUUUACUGGUUUUUACCAAACUUAAGAGAAUCUUUUUAGAGCAGAGUUGUCUUCUAAAUAGAUGUAGCUUUUGUCUCAUUUGUUGAAUGCACCCUUAAACCAUGUGAAUGAACCCCAGUGGUCAUUCAUUUUUCACCUAGUUUUCUUCUGUUAGCCCAACUCAUCUGCUCCUUUGUUUUUGUUCUUGUUUCUGAUGACACUUGAGUUGAAAUUUUCAACAUAACACAGGUGGGCAUCCUAGCGAUCACUUAAGUGACUUGUGCUAGCUAAGCUGAAUGAGGGUAUUCAAAACUCCUGGAUUCUGUUCUCCAGUGUAUGAAUAGUAAUUAGUGAUGCUGAGGAUGUUUGCUUCAUACCUCUAAACCUUGACCCUAGCUUCCUGUGUAGUCACUAUAGUUAAGUCCCAUCAGUAAAGAAAAUGGCACACCAAGGCUUAUGAUGCAAUAUUAUGCAGCUGAUACUGAAUGUGUAAAGUGUUCAGUCUGCACAGGCAAUUAUAGAAGUUAAUCAUCAGAAACUGGUGCAGUGAUUUAGGCUGCUACAAGCCAAGUUGAAACUUAAUUGCCUUUCUCACUCCUCUGAACACCUGCAACCUAGUUUAUGUAUUUUAUCACUUAUUUGUUUUUCAAAGAUCUCUCUCCAUGAAUGAUUAAAAUUGGUGCUUUAGUUUGUUGUGCCAAACUUCGACCAUUGUUAGCUUUAACUACAAAUUUAACAGAGUCCACCACUUUGGUUAUAAGGUGCAGAUGGAUUGUCUUGUUGACAAACUGCUAACUUUUCUGACAUGUCUGCUUGUUUCACUACAGUCACUUAACUUUGUGGUAACCACCAAUCCACUGGUUAAUAUGUUAAUGUUUCACUCUGCUUCAGUUUGGGAUGUCUGAUAUUGAAUUUGUCGUCUUGGGGUCUAUCUCAAAUAUUUUGAAACUAAUUCAGUGGCUUUCUACACAUUCUCCGCACACCGCUACUUAAUUACAGUUAAAGUGAUCCUUGUAAUUAGAUUGUGAAUCACAAUCUCCUAUUCUUACUGAGCUAGAAGGCACAGCAAAAUAUUUGAGGUAGCAAGAAUGUUCAAAACAAAAACAACCCUAGCUGCUCUGGCCUACACUUUGCAUUUUCUGGGACAGGCUAAUGCAGUUAAGUUUUCUGUAUGAUAACAAAGUGCUUUCUAUACAGCAACUGUUAUGACUUCAGUUAUGAAUGUUAAUUUUCAGUAAUUUACCUCUGACUUAUUUGGUGUCGUAACACAUAGAUUUGUAUCUUGGGGUUGUCUGCAAACCAAAACUGACAUGUUCUGUGGUUAGCAACUUUUACAGAAUGCUUUGCUUAUGUUGUAUUUCCUCUGUCUUCUUUCUAUUUGGUUCUGUGUAUAAACAAGAUUAGUCUCCAUGAACUUCCUUUUGAAAGAGCCUGUAAGUGAGAGUCUAUAAAGUGCUUCUUGACGCAGCAGCAAAUUGGGGUAUCUGCUCUGUUGUAUUAAAAAGAAAAAAAGAAAAAAAUCCUUGCUAUUUUCUUACAUUUAGCUAUGCUAAACUGUACAUAAAUUUGAGGUAAGACCAUAGGAAAUUCACUUUAUGCAUGAUAAAAUGAUACAGUAAAUAUUUCACUUUGCUUAAUGUUCAUAUAAUGCUCAUCUUUCUCUAUUUGUAGAAGGACUUAGUGACAGAUAAUUUUGUCAGUCCCCUGCUGAAACUGAAGAAAUCCAGUUUCAUGUGAAAACAUUAUGGUCUUAUGGAUAAGGUAAAACACAUUUUUUUUGCAGCAGUAUUAAGUGGUUGAGGGGCCGCACUUUAUCAGUAUAUUAACUUUUGAUAAUGGUCAACAUAGACCUAUUUACUCAUACAGUCUGUUGUCAGACAUUGAAAAAUGUGCUGUAUUUUAGCAUGUAAAUCAGCUGAUUAUGUUUCACUGGGAACUUUUUCUAGCUAUGUUUUGCUUUAGGCAAGCAGACAAAUAAUAACUAUGUUAUAUCUGAGCAUCAGUUGCUGGGUGCUGCAGGUUUUCCGAAUACCAGUAUGAUUGUUUUGUGCAGUCUUUUUUGUUGUAACUUUACUCAAGACUAUAAUCUUAAUUUUGAAAGACUCUUUAACUAUACCUCAGCUGACUAAUAUUCUAAUAUCCAUUAAAACGAAGGUGAUCCAAUUAUUCAUUAUAUAAAGCAGAAAAUGUGCAGCCUGCCUUGCUCUAAAGACCUCCAUUAGUCUUUAAGGAAAAGCAGGCAUUUCUUUGGGCUUUGUUAGGAAUAGAAGCUACUUGCUGUCAAGUUGGUUUUUUUUCCCCCACAACUCUCUUCUUCCCUCCCAGUUUGUGCAGUGUGUUCUGUUUUUUUAUUUUUUUUGUUUUUUUUAUUAUAAAUGGUGAGAAAAUAGAACCUGAAAAUAUAUGGUCUCAAUGCUUUUUUCUAUAGCUUUCAAUCCUGUGAUCAACAAACCAUGCACAUACAAUGCUUAGUUCUUGUUGAGUAAACAUAUAGAAUACUUGAUUUGAGGUUAGUUAUUAAAUCUCUUGAAGUUUAAUUAAUGUUAAAACUUCGAAACCACAUAUUAAAUGUAAUGCAAUUUACCUUUAUUGAAUGUGGAGGUUUCUACAGUACUAGUCAAGGUUUUUGAAAAGUGCAGUUUUAUAAAUGAGGUAUUUCCUGUCACAAGUGCAUUUCCUCUGUCUUUUGUUUGUCAAGUGAAAUCACAUUAUUUUCACAAGCCAAAAGUGGAGGGGGUGUAUUUUUGAGGGGGGAGGGAAGGGAAAUUCUGAGAAGAAUUCUUGGUGGGUAACAACUUGGAAGAUACAUCAAUAGUAUAUAAAAUGCAUAAAUUUGUUGCUAAUUUGUGGAAAUGCAUCGAUCAUCUGAUUAUGUAAUUAAGUGAAAUUUGCCAUGUUAAAGUUUAAGAACAAGCUAAAGAUACUGGCUCCUUCCCUCUACUGCCCCCAAGCUGCUUGUGCCACAUUACUCCUAUUAAUAUACCUUGUAUUUCAAAAUGCCAUGGAAAGGCAGGACUUCUCACUUUUUCUUUGUUUCCAGUGAAUUUAAUUAUGUUAGUGCAUUCCUAUGGCCUUAUAAACUUAUAUUUUGCAAAUGACACUUUUACUUGGGAUUACAAUUAUUUUAAUGCAAUAUACAGUUACUAAAUUCAGACUAAAAAGCACGGCCCUAAAGAAAAUGCUUAAUUUUCAAAUAGAAUUGUUCUACCAUGUGUGUGUUUAAGCACAUUUUAUCACUGCUCCAAAGGCGUAAUGUGAAAAUCCUGCAGAUAUAAAGUGAACUUGUCAUAUUAACUUGUAAACUUAAUCAUUAAUUGUGUACUGAUACUGUGUUAAAAAAGAAUGGUUUUAUUAUUCCAUGUGAACUUUUUUUACAAUAAUGUGCAUCUCAAAUAAAAUUACAUAAUGAAAAA